CAAGGUGGCGGCAAGUCCAGCGUGUCCAAGAAACCGUCAGUGUCCAGUAAGAGAUCCAAGAAGUCGUCCAGCGUGUUCAUGGAGCUCCUCGCCAGCGACCUGACCGAGGGCAUGGAGAGGGAGACCAGCGGGGGAGGGGCCUCAGGGAAACAUGACACCUCCUUCACAAUCAAGACCAGGAGCACGCGGAGGCCCAGGAGCAGCCGAGUCCACAGAGGGAAAGGGGUCAGAAGUAGCACCACCAAAGGCAUGGCCGUACCGUCGCCUCGGCCACUCCAGAGCUCCUUAGGGUGUUACCUGCCACUGAGCUUCACCUCGCCCAAGCCUGGCGCAGCUGUCCCCAAAACCAGAGUGGUCAGCCAGUCACCAGCACCCACCAGGAUGACCUCACUGGGCAGCAAACACAUGGACCAGCAAGCAGAUGUUCCCAAGGCUCCAGUCACUCACAAGGCAGUACCAUCAGGCGAAAUAAACUCCCCCACUCAGGAAGGUCAGUCGUUGGGCACCAUUGGGGUUGUUAUGGAGACAGAGGCAUCUGCAGCUGAUCCUAAAGAGGGUGAAGUUCAGCGUAAAGAGAAAUCAAAUGCAGGGAGGAGGAAGAGCUCGUCUGUCUGUUCUGCAUCCCAAGACAGUGAGGAGCAAAAGGAUGCCGCCACUGAAGUUAACGUGAUAUUCCCCAGCUCUGAGGAGUCAUGUAAAGUGGACCAGGACACUCAAAUAACCAAGAACAGUGCCAGCAGUGAUAUCAACCAUGUGAGUACUAGAAUGCAGCCUCAGUCUCAGCGUGGUAAAACAGCUGCUGCCACAAAGGAGCACAGACCACCCUCACCCCAGCCAGCCUCAGAAAGUCCUCUUCACGUUGACACUUCACGGCUAAAAUCUAAUACAAAGGCCAAGGCAGCAGGGAAAAGAAAACCCAAGCAGAGGAAGAGCAAGGACUUGAAGAGAACCAGGGAACAGGAACAUGACAUAGCCCUUAAACAUCAGAGAAAGGUGGGUUCUCAGGAUGACUUGAAGAGAACCACUGACCAGGAACAUGAGAGCAAGGUGGGUUCUCAGGAGGACUUGAAGAGAACCACUGACCAGGAACAUGAGAGCAAGGUGGGUUCUCAGGAGGACUUGAAGAGAACCACUGACCAGGAACAUGAAAGCAAGGUGGGUUCUCAGGAGGACUUGAAGAGAACCACUGACCAGGAACAUGAGAGCAAGGUGGGUUCUCAGGAGGACUUGAAGAGAACCACUGACCAGGAACAUCAGAGCAAGGUGGGUUCUCAGGAGGACUUGAAGAGAACCACUGACCAGGAACAUGAGAGCAAGGUGGGUUCUCAGGAGGACUUGAAGAGAACCACUGACCAGGAACAUCAGAGCAAGGUGGGUUCUCAGGAGGACUUGAAGAGAACUAGGGACCAGGAACGUGACACCGCCCUUACACAGCACAAACCAGGCAGUCCACCAUCAGCUGAAACAAACUCCACAGGGCACGAAUCCAACACCACAAAGCCGGCAGCAGCAAAACACACACGGAAGAAGUCAAACAGCAUCGCAACACCUGAGACACAUCCUACACCCUCCACAACACCACCACCACCACCACCACCAGAAGAACCCAAGUUAGCUCUACAACAAGCCCAUGAUGAGGAGCUCUUUAGCCCUGACUCCAGCCCCCUGCACAAGAGUGAGACCACACAGCCCUUUGAAGCCAGAUCUUCUCAUUUCAGCCCACCUCGCAGAGACCCACCAGAAGCCUCAGUGAGUCGUGACCAGGGCAUUGAGGGUAAGGCCAAACACACUCCACCACAGGAAGGAGUACUGAACCCACAGGAGGAAGGAUUAGAUUCACAAAAAGAGACCUUAGACCCACAGGAAGCAUUAAACCCACAAGAAGAAGAGUUGAGCUCACAGAUGGAAGCAUUAGACCCACAAAAGGAUGCAUUGGGCUCACAGAAAGAAGUAUUGGGCCCACAGGAAAAAGCAUCAGACCCACAAGAAGCAUUAGACUCACAGAAAGAAGCAUUAGAACCACAAGUAAAUGAGUCAACCCCACUGGAGGAAAUGUUAAGCCUACAGGAAGCUAUCUCAGGACCUCAGGGAAGAGUAUCUAGCCCACUGGAGAUUUUGGGAUCACAGACAGAAGGAACAGCACUACAGGAGGAAGAGUUAGAAGAAGGAGAAGUUUUAACAUGCAAAGCGAAAGUUUCUGAGCCUCAAGAGGAAGAGUCUGCCUUGGAGCCUCAUAACCAGGAUGGAAACACUACCAAAGCAAGUGACAAUGCUGCUACACAGAGCCUCACUAACAGGACCAGUGACUCCCCAGGACUGGGCAGCACUAGGGUUAUACAGGUAGAGAAGUUGUUUGUUCUGAGCAGCAGUAAUGAAGAGGUUGUGAAGCUGAAGACAGCCUUGACGGCGCCCACAGAACAGUCUGGGCAACUUCACCCAGACCAAGGAAAGGGCGACACAAAUCAGCUCAAGGGCAAAUCAGACGUUUGUCAGCCUUUCCAAGAACAGCCUCCACCAAGUCCAGGCCAAGGAGCCCCUGCCCGAGACAGGCCAUGGAGGAGGGGCCGCCGGCAGCAAGGUUUCACGCCAGACCCAGGGGAGGCGGUCCACAACCCUACAAGCUACCCGCUGCUGCCCAAGCCAAAGGAAGUCACGCCGCUGGCCACAAGGCAGAGUGGCGGGAGAAUAAGGAACAAACGUAAGCUCUUUGACCCCACAACCCAGGAGCACGUGAAGGUGUCUCCGCCCACAGAAGAGAAAACGAGUUCCCAAUCCAGCCAGGACAAGCAGAGUGAGGGAGUGGCAGCAGGCAAGAAGAUCAGGAGGCUGGGACGCAGCGCUGCCCAGGGAGACUCACCCGCCGGCCAGGAGGACGAGGCCACUGCUGGCAGGGACAACCAGAGGGCUGGCAGGCAACGGGCUGCCUCCAAUAGGGAGAGGUCCCUUAAGGCUUACAGGUCCAGCAAGGGUAAGAAAAGGAGUAAGUGUAAGUCCCCCCCCAGGCGAGCCAGCGGCUUCCUGGAGGACUCCUUCUUGAAUGGCGAGGGGCACACAGUGUAUUCUGACCUUGAGUGUAGUCCACCCAUGGUGGUGGACAGCUGGUUCACAGAGAGGAUAGAGAGGGCCAAGUACAGCGGCCUUCCCUACUGCAACACCUCCACCAGGAAGAGCGUGGCACAGGAGAGGAAGAGAAAGCGUGGCCUGGACAGUGACAGUGAUACGUCAGGCAGGAGUUACCUGUCAGUGUCAGCAGGCACUGACAGGCCUGCCAAGGCUGAGGCAGCUCUGAAGCCCACCAAGAAGAAGGCACUGGAAGCUGGGACAAGGUUUGAGGACACCAGUGAGUGUGCCAUGGAGUGCACAGACAAGACAGUAAAGGCAAGUCCCAAGAGGAAGUCCAGCCGUGGGGAGAGACCUUCCUUCCACACCCUGCUGGCCAGGGGCACCUCCUCCUCAGAAAUGAGCCAGUUCAGCAGCCAUGACGAGUGGCUGCCGCCAUCCUCAGGCAAGAAGCAAUGGAGGAAAGAAAAGGAAGACCUGACAGUAAGCAAGAGGAACGAGAGCAAUGCAAGGAGGCAGGGUGGCAGGUGGUUCAAAGCUAAGAGCUUCCAAGACUCCUCUGAGCUCUGUGGGGCUAACUCAUCCUCCUUGGUGGAGUCUGGCAGAGUGGCAGACAGCCUUGAGCUUCACACACCCACCACGGACACCCUGCGACACACCAGCAGGAGUUCCAUUGACUCAUGCACGUCUGAAUUCAUCAACUUCAAGCUCACUGCCUCAAGGGCCAGGACGGGUACCACCGAGGGGGCCUCACCACGUCUGCAGCCACCAGCGGCAGAGCCUCAGAGGUCAGCGAUGGAGCUCCAGACCUCACCUGUGGAGCCUCAGACACCAUCACCCGUGCCUCAGACAUCGAAGUCCCUUGUCUCCUCCCCAGACCUUCAGAAAUCACCUCCACCACUCCUGGUAAUGUCCAGAGAGCCUGAGCCAUCCUUGCCCCCUCUCAGUGCGCCCUCACCAAGGCCUCAGAUGCCGGCCCUGGAAGACCUUUCUGACCAGCCUGUGAGGGAGAAGCCUUGUGCCAGCUCCAGGCAGCCCCAGGGACACAGCACGCCCAGACACACAAGUCCUGUGUCCUCACCAAACAUACCAUCGCCGGUCCUGACACAGUCGUUUGAGACGCCCCGCCCAGCACAACAAACCCUGAAGACAGCGGACAUCAGCUCCAUCCUGAACCCUGAGGCAGACACAUGCGACCCUCUCUCCGGCCCCUUCCAGAGCACCCUACUGGACAGCCACCCGGGGAGGGGCAAGGGCACGAGUGCCGGGCCGAGGUUCAGCUACGUUUCAGAGGCCGAGUCAUCCUUCAUCAACAACCAGGAGGAGAAGACCGAGCUGACCGUCUUGAGGGAUGAGGGCAUGGCUGUGCGGUGUGAGUCCCCCUCCGCUGUGGAUCCCGUCACCACAGUGCUGAGGUAUGGCAGGGACCAGGCGGGCUCCCUCACCACCUCCAGCACCACAGUGGAAGUUCAUCACAUCUCGGACGCACCGCGCGGCACAGACGGCGAUGACUCAGACCAGCCAGCAGCCCUAGGGUCCUCCACACCAGUUCCCACAUCCCACAAGACCCUGAGGAAUGUGAAGCAACCACAUCAACCAAACACCAGAGUUAGCGAGGGUGAGGCUAGGGGGAGAGAGAGAUGUUGCACCACCAUGGCCUCCACCACCACCACCACCAGCACCCCCAUGCUUUCCUCGCCUCCCUCAUCCCUGGUUCAGCCGGUGGCCCCCACAGCCAUGGUCCCCCCCCAGGCUGUUGCAGGAGCUCCCAGCAGAGGGGGCAGCACCAGUGGCGGUGGUGGUAACACAACCUUCAUGGGCAGAAUGUACAGACAGUUCAUGGCAGACUUGCAGCAGACUCCCCCGUCAUCCAGAAUGGAAGGGUCGCCCGUCCGGCCACAAGCCCGGGACCUGUUUGAGGCGGCGCGGCGGGAGAGAGAGUCCCAUGCCCGGCGCGGCCACUUCAGCAGCCUGCACGUGGAGGUGUUCACCGCCAUCAUGGCCAUCAUCUCGGACCUGCAGCGCCUGUCUACGGAUCACCACAGGUUGUCUCACUCCAUCAGCACCCUGUUGACCAAGUACCUGGAGCACCACGGGGAGGAGGCGCAGGCAGUGUAGGCUGCCAGCGUCAAAGGUCUGAGGGUCAGGCCAGGGCAGGAAGGGCAGGCAGUGUAGGCUGCCAGCGUCAAAGGUUGGAGGGACAGGCCAGGGCAGGGGUGGUGGUUGUUGCUCUGGCUGCUGUUGUGUCCCAGGAAGUCAGAUUGAAGUAGAGAGCAGAGAGGAACAGGACACAUGAGUACUGAGAGGACUUAUUAUUAUUUAGAGGAGAAAAGUGUGAAGAAGAAAGCCAGACAGUUUUAUUUUCUCUUUGAUACAUUUUAAUUUCCCUUGACCAUGGAACACAAGCAUGCAGGCAGAUAGAUCUCAGUUACAUUUUUAUAGUUUUCUUCACGGAGCUUUUGAGAGGUAUUGAAUUGUUAUUGUUAUUGCCUUGUUAUUUUUGUUAUUUGUUCUUGUUAUUGAUUCAUUGUAAUAAUUUUGAUUUAUUUAUACACUGUUUUUUAGCCCCUGACAAGAUUGCAAUGUUCGACAGCACAAAUGUUUAAGGUACAAAAUAAUUUAGUCACACGGAAGACAAGUUUGACUGAGGACGACCGUUGUGGUGUGAAGGAAUCUCUUGAUGAAUAGUUUGGUUGAGGGGCCUGUCUUGCCCAUCUUCUCCCGCCCUACAUUGUAACAGAGGGACUUUGGUUGAUGUUCCAAGGGUGGGCAUCAUUCCAAGGGUGGGAGUCAUUCCAAGGGUGGGAGUCAUUCCAAGGGUGGCAGUCAUUCCAAGGGUGGGAGUCAUUCCAAAGGUGGCAGUCAUUCCAAGGGUGGGGGUCAUUCCAAGGGUGGGAGUCAUUCCAAGGGUGUCAGUCAUUUCAAGGGUGGGAGUCAUUCCAAGGGUAGGAGUCAUUUCAAGGGUGGGAGUCAUUCCAAGGGUGGGAGUCAUUCCAAGGGUGGGAGUCAUUUCAAGGGUGGGAGUUAUUCCAAGGGUGGCAGUCAUUCCAAGGGGGGCAGUCAUUCCUAGGGUGGCAGUCAUUCCAAGGGUGGGAGUCAUUCCAAGGGUGGCAGUCAUUCCAAGGGUGGGAGUCAUUCCUAGGGUGGCAAUAAUUUCAAGGGUGGGAGUCAUUCCAAGGGUGGGAGUCAUUUCAAGGGUGGAGGAAGUCAUUUCAAGAGUGGCAGUCAUUCCAAGGGUGGCAGUCAUUCCAAGGGUGGGAGUCAUUUCAAGGGUGGCAGUUUUCCUAUAGGGUGGCAGUCAUUCCAAGGGUGGGAGUCAUUCCUAGAUUGGCAGUCAUUCCUAGGGUGGCAGUCAUUCAAAGGGUGGGAGUCAUUCCAAGGAUGGGAGUCAUUCCAAGGGUGGGAGUCAUUCCAAGGGUGGCAGUCAUUCCAAGGGUGGGAGUCAUUCCAAGGGUGGCAGUCAUUCCAAGGGUGGGAGUCAUUCCAAGGGUGGCAGUCAUUCCAAGGGUGGCAGUCAUUCCAAGGAUGGGAGCCAUUCCAAGGGUGGCAGUCAUUCCAAGGGUGGCAGUCAUUCCAAGGGUGGGAGUCAUUCCAAGGGUGGCAGUUAGUCCAAGGGUGGGAGUCAUUCCAAGGAUGGGAGUCAUUCCAAGGGUGGCAGUCAUUCCAAGGGUGGCAGUUAGUCCAAGGGUGGGAGUCAUUCCAAGGAUGGGAGUCAUUCCAAGAAUGGGAGUCAUUCCAAGGGUGGCAGUCAUUCCAAGGGUGGCAGUCAUUCCAAGGGUGGGAGUCAUUCCAAGGGUGGCAGUCAUUCCAAGGGUGGGAGUCAUUCCAAGGGUGGGAGUCAUUCCAAGGGUGGCAGUCAUUCCAAGGGUGGCAGUCAUUCCAAGGGUGGGAGUCAUUCCAAGGGUGGGAGUCAUUCCAAGGGUGGGAGUCAUUCCAAGGGCGGGAGUCAUUCCAAGGGUGGCAGUCAUUCCAAGGAUGGGAGUCAUUCCAUGGCUGGGAGUCAUUCCAAGGGUGGCAGUAAUUCCAAGGGUGGGAGUCAUUCCAAGGGUGGCAGUCAUUCCAAGGGUGGCAGUCAUUCCAAGGGGGGCAGUCAUUUCAAGGGGGGCAGUCAUUCCAAGGGUGGGAGUCAUUCCAAGGGUGGGAGUCAUUUCAAGGGUGGAGUAAGUCAUUUCAAGAGUGGCAGUCAUUCCAAGGGUGGCAGUCAUUCCAAGGGUGGGAGUCAUUUCAAGGGUGGCAGUUUUCCUAUAGGGUGGCAGUCAUUCCAAGGGUGGGAGUCAUUCCUAGAGUGGCAGUCAUUCCUAGGGUGGCAGUCAUUCCAAGGGUGGGAGUCAUUCCAAGGAUGGGAGUCAUUCCAAGGGUGGGAGUCAUUCCAAGGGUGGCAAUCAUUCCAUGGGUGGGAGUCAUUCCAAGGGUGGCAGUCAUUCCAAGGGUGGCAGUCAUUCCAAGGGUGGCAGUCAUUCCAAGGGUGGCAGUCAUUCCAAGGGUGGCAGUCAUUCCAAGGGUGGCAGUCAUUCCAAGGGUGGGAGUCAUUCCAAGGGUGGCAGUCAUUCCAAGGGUGGGAGUCAUUCCAAGGGUGGCAGUUAGUCCAAGGGUGGGAGUCAUUCCAAGGAUGGGAGUCAUUCCAAGGGUGGCAGUCAUUUCAAGGGUGGGAGUCAUUCCAAGGGUGGCAGUCAUUCCAAGGAUGGGAGUCAUUCCAAGGGUGGCAGUCAUUCCAAGGGUGGCAGUCAUUCCAAGGGUGGGAGUCAUUCCAAGGGUGGCAGUUAGUCCAAGGGUGGGAGUCAUUCCAAGGAUGGGAGUCAUUCCAAGGGUGGCAGUCAUUCCAAGGGUGGGAGUCAUUCCAAGGGUGGGAGUCAUUCCAAGGGUGGCAGUCAUUCCAAGGGUGGCAGUCAUUCCAAGGGUGGGAGUCAUUCCAAGGAUGGGAGUCAUUCCAAGGGUGGCAGUCAUUCCAAGGGUGGGAGUCAUUCCAAGGGUGGGAGUCAUUCCAAGGGUGGGAGUCAUUCCAAGGAUGGGAGUCAUUCCAUGGGUGGAAGUCAUUCCAAGGGUGGCAGUAAUUCCAAGGGUGUGAGUCAUUCCAAGGGUGUGAGUCAUUCCAAGGGUGGCAGUCAUUCCAAGGGGGGCAGUCAUUUCAAGGGGGGCAGUCAUUCCAAGGGUGGCAGUCAUUCCGAGGGUGGCAGUCAUUCUGAGGGUGGGAGUCAUUCCAAGGGUGGCAGUCAUUUCAAGGCUGGGAGUCAUUCCAAGGGUAGGAGUCAUAUCAAGGGUGGGAGUCAUUCCAAGGGUGGGAGUCAUUCCAAGGGUGGGAGUCAUUUCAUGGGUGGGAGUUAUUCCAGGGGUGGCAGUCAUUCCAAGGGUGGCAGUCAUUCCAAGGGGGGCAGUCAUUCCUAGGGUGGCAGUCAUUCCAAGGGUGGGAGUCAUUCCAAGGGUGGCAGUCAUUCCAAGGGUGGGAGUCAUUCCUAGGGUGGCAGUCAUUCCAAGGGUGGGAGUCAUUCCAAGGGUGGGAGUCAUUCCAAGGGUGGCAGUCAUUCCAAGGGUGGCAGUCAUUCCAAGGGUGGGAGUCAUUCCAAGGGUGGCAGUCAUUCCAAGGGUGGGAGUCAUUCCAAGGGUGGCAGUCAUUCCAAGGGUGGCAGUCAUUCCAAGGGUGGGAGUCAUUCCAAGGGUGGCAGUCAUUCCAAGGGUGGCAGUCAUUCCAAGGGUGGGAGCCAUUCUGAGGGUGGCAGUCAUUCCAAGGGUGGCAGUCAUUCCAAGGGUGGAAGUCAUUCCAAGGGUGGCAGUCAUUCCAAGGGUGGGAGUCAUUCCAAGGGUGGCAGUCAUUUCAAGGGUGGCAGUCAUUCCAAGGUUGACAGUCAUUCCAAGGGUGGGAGUCAUUCCAAGGGUGCCAGUCAUUCCAAGGGUGAUAGUCAUUCCAAGGGUGGCAGUCAUUCCAAGAGUGGGAGUCAUUCCAAGGAUGGCAGUCAUUCCCAGGGUGGGAGUCAUUCCAAGGGUGGCAGUCAUUCCAAGGGCAGCAGUCAUUCCAAGGGUGGCAUUCAUUCCAAGGAUGGGAGUCAUUCCAAGGGUGGCAGCCAUUCCAAGGGUGGCAGCCAUUCCUAGGGUGGCAGUCAUUCCAAGGGUGGCAGUCAUUCCAAGGGUGGGAGUCAUUCCUAGGGUGGCAGUCAUUCCUAGGGUGGCAGUCAUUCCAAGGGUGGCAGUCAUUCCAAAGGUGGCAGUCAUUCCAAGGAUGGGAGUCAUUCCAAGGGUGGCAGUCAUUCCAAGGGUGGCAGUCAUUCGAAGGGUGGCAGUCAUUCCAAGGGUGGGAGUCAUUUCAAGGGUGGCAGUCAUUCUAAGGGUGGCAGUCAUUCCAAGGGUGGGAGUCAUUCCAAGGCUGGCAGUCAUUCUAAGGGUGACAGUCAUUCCAAGGGUGGGAGUCAUUCCAAGGGUGGCAGUCAUUCCAAGGGUGGCAGUCAUUCCAAGGGUGGAAGUCAUUCCAAGGGUGGUAGUCAUUCCAAGGGUGGGAGUCAUUCCAAGGUUGGGAGUCAUUCUAAGGGUGGCAGUCAUUCCAAGGGUGGCAGUCAUUCCAAGGGUGGGAGUCAUCACACAGAAUUAUCUUCAUUUUGUUACGAGUUUCAAACUUUAGUGCAAUGACAGUUUUUUUUAGCAAUUUUAUUUCUUUUGUAAUUGAUUUUAUUUUAUGUUACUGAUUUGUUCUUUUUAUUAUUAAGGUUCUCAUCCUUUGUCUGUAAAUCAAGUUCAUCUCUUUAUUAUCUUUUAAAACUUUGAAACAAAUCUAUUUUUUUAUACAGAUGUUGUAUAUUCGAGUCAUAGCAGAGAUAUAUUUGUACAUUUCUAUCAAUAAAAAAAUAUAUGGUGAUAGGAAAUGUUAUUUGUUAUUUGUUCUAAUGUCAUGUUUUUAACUCGCUUAUAACCAAAUACAACUGUAACCCGAACAGUCA